CAAAAGACUAUUUUGGCAGCAAAAACAACAAAAAUUACGGAGAUUCCCCUUCUUCCUAAGACAAGAGGAGUGUUUACUACCAAGGUAUAUUAACUCAAGGAAUAUACAAGUUUUCCUAGAUUAUAGAAUUUUGACAUAAGGGGGCUGUUGGCAUCUGAAUAUAAUGCUACGAGCAGAAGACGUUAAAGAAGAAUUUCUUCUGUGCAGUAUUUGCACUAAAGAUUUUGAUGAAGAUUUGCAUGUUCCCAGAGUUUUACCAUGUUUACACACAUUCUGUCAAAGCUGUUUGAGGAAAAUGUUAAAAGGGGAAGUACUGCCAUGCCCAAUGUGUAAAACAGAGUAUCUUCUUCCAAGUGAGGGUAUAUAUGUCUUCCCAAAAGACGCUACCCGUAGAAAUCUUAUUGAGUUUUUGCGCGUGCGUAAGCGAUCGUCUGAUAUCAUUUGUAAAGACUGUCCCGACGAUAAUGUUGCUUCAGAAUUCUGUAAAGAGUGUUACAUUUUUAUGUGUCUUGAAUGCACUCGUGCUCACAGACGAAGUUUAGCAUCUAGAAACCAUGCAGUCUUAUCUGUAGAACAACUCCAGAAACAAGGACCAGAAAUUUUCAAAAGGAGAUUAAAAUGCAAUAAGCAGGGUCAUGAAGGUCAGCACUUAAGUUUUUAUUGUGCAAAAAAAGGAUGCGAAAAGAUGAUAUGUACCUCUUGUACAGUAUGUGAUCAUGAUAAAAACAGAGGUCAUAUCAUCCAAAACAUGAACGAUGUCCAUGUAGAAAAGAAGCACGAACUUGAUAAAAUAUUUCGUAUGCUCGAAGAAGACGUAAAAAUUGCAAAGGAGCUUCACAAACAAACAGAACAGGAAAUGGUUAAUUUAGACAUUAAAGAAUUUGAAGUAGAACAAGAACUAGAUGAUGCCGUCAAACGAUGUCACGAUAUGAUUGAGCGAAGGCGAGAAGACUUACGGGAAAAGGUGGCAAUAUUAACUGAUGCAAAAAAGUCAUCUCUACGAGCACGAGCUGAACAACUUGAAAGUUUCAUUCAAGGCGUGGCGGGCGCUAGAGAAUUCUCAGAAAAUAUAAUGACCCAUACUGACGUCUCAGAAUUUGUACCCUUACACACUACUUUAUACAGACGACUCAAAGUUCUUACAAAACAUCACGUUAAAAAGACAAUGCAGAUAGAAUCACCUGCAUUUGAGCCAACAAGAAUGGAGGGAGAUUUUCAUAGGUUCGUGAAAGGAAUGGGAAAUGUUACAACAGUUACACACAACAAACAACUGUGUACAACACGUGGUCAUUCAGAUGUCAGUUUAGCAUCACUCAGAAAUACACAAGCUGAAGGAGACGUUCGACAUGGUGAAAUAACAUGUCCAAAUAUAACUUUUGAUUCUAACACAGUGCAUCAAUAUAGAGAUGUAAGUGAAGACGGCAAGACUCUAAAGAAUCAAUCCAUUGGUGGACAAAGAUUAAUUGGAUCAAAUGAGAGACGCUUGAAAAAUUAUAGAGGAGCUAUUAGUAGCCGACCACUGAAAGGACCAGGAAAGUUUUAUUUUGAAGUUCUUGUCGAUUUUCAAAUCACCAAGCCCUUAGACAAUGUAAACUUUGUAUUUGAAAUUGGUUUCAGUCGCCGACACGACGUAGACAUUGGACAUUAUGUCUAUGACCAGAGUACAGCAUGGUCAUUUUGUGCACAGCAAUGUGAUGAACACAAACAGUUGUGUCAGUGGUGUCGACAUAAUGGGCGUAACCUUGCGCACGCGCCUCUGUCGUCUGCUUCAGCGGGAACUGUAAGUCAGAACACCUAUGGGUUUCUAUUAGAAACCGAACAGAAGAGAAUAACAGUCUAUGACUGUACCUUCAAGAAGAAGUUUUAUACAUUUCACAAUGUUGACGUUUCACGUCCUAUUUGGCCAGUGUUUGGUUGUCAUUGGCCUAGCAAAGUCAAAAUAGACAUCACACUGAAAACAGGUGCAGAUAUUGUUGCUAUUCCCAAUUAUAUGCGAACUUCUUCAACCAUGGCGUAAUGUAGAUACUUCGCUUAUUUCUCUAGUUAACAUUAGGGAACAUAAUAUUAUCUUAAGGAAAAGAAGCUGGAUCUGUACUGAAUUCACCAUGACAAUUUUGUUUAUCUUGUCACACUCAUUCGGAAAUCAGAAUAUA